CUUCCCCGUUACCACUCCCCUCGCCCCAAUUCCCCAAAUCUCCAUGCGCGUUGCCGCUUGUCAUCGCGCCCUAGCCAGCCUUUCCCGUCAUGUCGGCCGCCGCCGGGCCGUCGAUGCCGAUGGCGGCCGGGCUCCUCGCGCUGGCGGAGGAGGCUGAGCGCCGGCGCGACUUCUCCACCGCGACCUUGUGCCUCGAGUCGGCGCUCACCCCGCCGCACGCCGCCUCGCUCCUCCCGCUCGCCGAGGCCCGCGCGCGGCUGCGCCUCGCGGGCCUGCUGCUCGCCCGCUACAAGGGGCUCGCCAGCGCAAAGGCCCACCUCGAGCGCGCGCUGCUCGUCCUCAACCCACUCCCCUCCGCGCCGCCGCGCCUCAAGCUCUUGGCGCACUCCCUCCUCGCCAACGUCUACGGCCUACUCGGCUCCGUCCCGUCGCAGAAACACGUGCUCCGCCGUGGGCUAGGUCUCCUCGCGUCCGUCUCCUCCUCGGGUCUCCUCCCCGCUGGGCCGUCCCUCCUCUGGACCAGUAACUUCCACGCGCAGCUUGCCUCCGCGCUCGCCGUCGACGGGGACCCUUUAUCUGCCCUCUCCUCUCUCUCUGCCGGAGCCGCGGCCGCUGCCGAGCUUCAAAGCCCCCAGCUUGACCUCUUCUUCGCUGCCACCGCACUCCACGUCCACUUAAUUUGCUGGGAGGACAGCGCCGCUGUUGAGGCUGCUGUCGUCCGCAUCUCCGGCCUCUGGGAUGCACUCCCCGCCGAGCAGAAGGACCACUGGGUUGGACUCUUCUUCUACACGGAGCUUCUCCAGACCUUCUACCUGCUGAGGAUCUGUGACUACAAGGCUGCCUCAAAGCAUGUGGAGAGGCUGGACACUGCUGUUAAGAGUGAGAUGCAGAGGGGCCGGCGUAUCAAAGAACUUGGUACGGAACUCAGUUCAGUGGAGAGAACGCUAGCCCAGCCCAUGUUGAAGGAGAGGGAGAGAGAAGCGCUGGCGCAUAAGCAGUGGCAGUUGAAAGCUCAUCUGAGAUCGUUGUGCAGCUAUGACACUGUGAAUGAUGUGUUGGAUUAUGGGGAUAAGUUUCUGUUGGCACCACCGCCGAUGCAUGGGGAAUGGCUUCCGCGGACUGCGGUGUUUGUGUUGGUAGAUCUCAUGGUUGUCAUGGUCGGCCGGCCAAAGGGCAUAUUUAAGGAUUGCAGGAAGAGAAUACAAUCAGGACUGCAGCUCAUCCAUGAGGAACUCCUAAAACUCGGGAUCGUGGAUGGUGUGACAGAGGCAAAUUUGGAACACUCCACGAUAUGGACGGCCGGGAUUUACCUGAUGCUUUUACUUCAAUUUCUCGAAAACAAUGUUGCUGUAGAACUUACGAGAUCAGAAUUUGUUGAAGCCCAAGAGGCUUUAGCACAGAUGAAAACUUGGUUUACCCGUUUUCCAACAAUUCUCCAAGGUAGUGAAAGCACAAUUGAAAUGCUAAGGGGACAAUAUGCACAUUCUGUUGGCUGCUUUGAUGAGGCUGCUUUUCACUUCCUUGAAGCAUUAAGGCUGACAGAGAAUAAAUCAAUGCAAUAUAUGUGCCAAGUUUAUGCAGCAGUCUCCUACAUUUGCAAGGGAGAUGCAGAAUCAUCUUCACAGGCGCUAGAAUUGAUUGGUCCUGCUUACAGAACCAUGGACUCAUUUGUUGGCGUACGUGAAAAGACCUGUAUUAUUUUUGUGUAUGGACUUCUACUUAUGAGACAGAAUAAUCCACAAGAAGCACGGGUUCGCCUUGCAAGUGGUCUGAGAAUAGCACACCAACAGUUGGGCAACAUCCAAUUGGUUUCUCAGUAUUUAACAAUACUAGGUACAUUAGCACUUCAGCUACAUGACACUGGACAGGCUAGAGAGAUAUUGAAGUCAUCGUUGACGUUAGCGAAGACGCUAUAUGACAUCCCAACACAAAUCUGGAUCUUGUCAGUAUUUACAGAGUUAUAUCGAGAAUUGGAAGAGAGAGAAAAUGAAAUGGAAAACUCCGAGUAUGGAAGUAAGAAAGAAAUCGAUCUUCAGAGAAGACUGACUGAAGCUCGUUCUCACACUUUUCACCAAGAGCUGGUGGAGAAAGUCAGAAUCCAAGUUGAGCCAUUGCACGGUUUACUCCAGAAGCACCAGGAGAUUCCUGCAGGCUCAGCGGCGAAUAACGACCUAGACAUACCUGAAUCUGUGGGGUUGUCCGCUCCCCAGCCUUCGUCCAUCAAAAGGCUGGUCGACCCAAGUUCGGCAAGACGCAGUACCAGGAGGCGGGUGUCGUGAGUUGUGACCUCAUGCUGCUUGGUUGCCCAUCGAAAUGGAUUGCCGCCAGCCACACUCGCCGUGGCAAGGAUAACUCUAGUGUAACGCAAUUGUGAUUAUAGGUCCCUUUGUCUUAAUUAUUUUAUAUAUCGUUGUAUAUUGAGUAAAGUCCAUAUUAAACUUUGACCCUAGAACAAAGUCUAAAAUGAACUCUAACUUCCUAAUCUCUGUAAUCACCACCAUUACCUUAUUAAUGCUGUCUACUGUCAACCUUCGGGAAUCAAACACCGUUUGGGACAACGAGAUUGCUGACAUGGCGGUUACAA